AUGAGUCAGGCUAAUGUUAAAGCUGGAGAAAGGCACCUGCCAACACAAAGGGGGUGUCUUGAUGUACCAGCACCUCCGAGAGGCGGGCAGAAGCAAAUGGAAUCUUCCUGUCCUUCGACAAGAAAGGUGGCAAAUCUAGUCAAUAAUCAAGGUACAGCGACAGUCAGAUGGAGUAAUGACGAGGAAAAGAAGAAAAGAGAAGUAGUGAUCCCCAAGAAAAAGAUUGUAUAUCAACAGACACCCGAUUCUAAAAAGUAG